ACCGGAUAAAUGAGCUUCAAGCAACAUCCCGUUGUUGCCGUUUCUUCCCUUGAUGGCGGACAAAUGAUCAUCGUUAAAUUGUCAAAAGAAAAAAAAAAAGAAGAAAAAGUUCGCGCUUACAUAGAAUACAAUAACUUAUGUUGAAUCUAUUUACUAAAUAUUGUUCAAUAUUUUUCUCCAUAGCUGAUAUAAAAACCGCCGCGGAGCGCGGCCUACCUGCUUGUUGAACACGAUGACGGGCUCGUUUGGAGGCGGCGGCGGGAGGGUCCGCGGCACGUGCGGAUGGAGCGUGUUCGACGGCGUGCGGGCCUUCCCUCCCACCCCUGAAGCCCUUAUGGCCGAGAUCGACGCUGCCAUCGCCGCCUCCGAGUACGUCCACGCCACCGCCCUCCUCUCCUCCUGCUCUCCCUCUAACCCGCCGGCGGCGGAGGAUGAGCCGGAGAAGGAGAAGGUCCGAGCCACCGCCGCCCCCAUCUAUGACGCGCGUCUGGCCGACGAGGCUUACAAGGCGGCGUGCGCCGCCCUCGCGGCCGGGAGGCCGGACGCCGCCAUCCAGUCCCUCCGUCUGGCCCUGGCCAGCUGCCCUCCGGACAAGUCCUCCGCCCUCGCGAAACUCCGGUCUCUCCUCUCCAUCGCCUCCUCUCAGCUCCAGAAGCAGCAGCAGCAUCUCCAGAGGGCUCUAUUAUUUUGUCAAUCAGAAUGAUCGGUAGAUGAGAAUUGGUGCUGGAUAUGACUGAAAGUAGGAUUCUUGAUGGGAUUGUCAAUUCUGACAAGAAAAGUUGUGGGUGUUGGUGAACUAAAUUGGGCUGAAAGACUAGUGUUAACGUUUGAUGAUCUUUUCUCAUAUUUACUGUUUAUUUGCAGCUUGUCUCUUUAUGAUCUACCAUUUUCUGCGAAUGACUUCAAGAACUCCAUAUUUGGUGAAUGGUCUUUGUAGAUUCAAUUCUGCUUAUCCAAGAAAGUUUUGAAAGCAACAAACUUUUUUUUUUUUUUUGCCUUUUUGUAUUUUAAUGUGCCUAGCGGAACUGACACAUAUGCUCUCCAAUUGGACUUCAUUUAGUACUCUGCUCUUCCUAUUGGACUUUGGGAAACCGCCAUAGUGUUCUCAUUAAUUAUUGCCUUGCUGGAUUUUAAAGUUCAUGUGUAGCUCAGUGACUUUUGCGAGUCAGUUGUCAAGGUUUACUAAAUAAUAGAUCAUUUGGGGGGUGCUUGGUUCACGACCGGAAUCAGAAUCGGAAUCGGAAUGGCCAAAUCCCCCGAAGCGCUUGGUUCGUGACCAAAAUUGGAAUUGGAAUAAAAAUUUGAAUCCAUAGAGAAGAGUAGGGAUUGAAUUCUAUGUACAUUGGACCAUUCUCAUUCCAUUCCGGAAUUGGAAUCGAAGUAGGACUCUUCCCAACCAAAUGGUUGGAAUGGGAGUCACCCAUUUUCAUUACAAUUCCACACCCCCACUCCCCCCAACCAAGUACCCCUUCGUGAUGAAUGUUUAUUGGCCUGAAAAUGCAAAUUCCUUUUUACAGCAGAAUUAUGCAGGGAGAAUGCUAGAGAUGACUUAUAUGAUUGUUAGCCCUUGUCUGGCUUCUUUCUUACUGCAGAUCAUAAACCCAAUCUUGCUUCUUCCCAUUAUGAAUGCAAGCUUAAAGCCAGCAUGUAAACAGUAUUAUUUGAGAUUGAAAAGAAGAAUUGGGAGGAGGGGAAUAAAUGAAGCCACUUUGAAAUGGACUAGUGCGAGGGGGAGAUAGAUAUGGUUGUAUACUUUAGCAGUAUCUAAGGAAGCAAAACAAUUCCACCAUUAAACUGUAAGGAGAAGGGUGAUCAGAAGAGUCUUCAGGAAAGUGCUGCCAGAAACAACUUGAUAAUACCUUUCUAGUGAAGUAUUAAUUGUUGGAAUGCAUGAAUACCAACAGGUGUUCCACCUGGCCUCAAGUUGAUGUGAAAAGGCUUCUAGUUAUGCUACUAUUGUAUGCCACGUGAAAUGCACAUGGGUGCCUGUAGAGUUUCACCAGUAUAAGUCUGGAUUUUCAUUUUGUAGUAGACAGAUAAUUUGUCCUGUUAACUGCUCCAUAAAACACUUAGAAGGCAAACAUUAGUGUGGCUCUCUAAAAGAAGUAGGACUAUAAACUAUUGGAAGCAAGAAAGAAAUACAUUGAUAACUGCUAGAGAGAAUUUAUGACAUUCAGGAACAACACAUCAAACUUAGAAGUCAUGUUCAGAAAUCAUGUGAUCCAAUUUUGCUGUAGUUUAUGUCAAAAUUAGGUGUAGUUGCUUUUUCUUUGUGAAUUUAAAUUGCUAGUUGCAUUUUGGUCUUAGAGAUCUUGGAUUUUUGUCCAUAGGGAUAACUGAUAUGUUUCUUAUUUUCUUCUAAUUUUAUAUCAAUUUUAAGGGUUAUUUUUCUAGUGGUGUCUUUAGCCGUGCUAUAAGUACAACCAUCAUUUGAAGAUCCUACUUUCAGGUUUAGUUGGGUUGGAAAAGUUUUUGACUCACCAAAAUUGCAUUACUUUGGGAUCUGGUGUAGUCAUAACAUUCAAGGGCCAUUUGCAGCAACUCUAGGUCCAUUUCGAUCUUUUACUAUAUAAUUAAGAAGUAUCAUGUUAGGGAUUGAGAGGGGUUGAUUGAUAUUUGGAUUUAGCCCUAGUUGCAUAGCCCAUCGCCUAGGGCCCUUUUGUGAGAGAUAGAGUUACCUUAAUAUGGUGCCUCUUUUGAACAUAUCAAAAGCACCUAAUUGGAAAGCAAUUUAAUACAACCUAAAAGUUGGGGCCUAGUAAUCGGACAUGUAUGUCUUCUAAAUAACUUUCAUAGGAUAUAUAUGUCUUUUAAAUAACUUUCAUAUGAAUUCAAUUUUAUUUUUAAUAAACUUGGUUGAUAAUUUAAUACUUAGAGAAAACAUUAUUACCAAUGCUUUGUGCUUCCAGUGUAGAGUUUGCUUUUCUAUAACUUAACCAUUAUGCCCUUUUAAACAAACUUUAUUUUAAAUCCUUAAGUUAAUAUCUCUUUUCCUCCUUCUCUUCCUCCCUCCAAUUGAUUCGAGAACCUCACCAUAUUAGAAGCAAAUAAUGGAUUUGUCAACACUAGCAGUGGUUGUGAUGGGAGUAGUCACCAUUGCCAUUAACGGCUAUGGGGGCAGUGGCUAGAUGCAAUAGCAAUGGUUGGAGGAGAGACUAAGAUAGUGUUUAGAUGAGGAGUAGAUUUUGGAAAGAAUAUCUUUUGUGCUGCUAGAGGGAUAGACAUGUUUAGCAAAAUGAGGUAUUUUGGUGUUUGGUUGGAGGGAUGAGUGCAGAUAAUAAGUUGCAUUUAGUGUGUAUUGAGUGUUGAGAUGUUGCGGAUUUUAUCCUAAAGAGGAAGUGUCCUCCCACAUUUUAUGUGUUUAUAGAAUGGAUGAGGGCAAAAAGUUAAUUGGAGCAGAUAAGGACAAGCCUAUUCUAGGGUAUAAGUAUAUUCCACCAAAAUAGUGUAAUAAAAUUAUACCAUGUGGCCACUUAUACCUCCACAUAGUAUAAGCCCAUAUUAUGUUGCCUUUUCUGCAUUGUCAAGGAUAUUCAGAGGGAUAUACUCCCAUUUAUUCUAUAACCAAACAGGCCCUAAGAGGGCAGGGUAAAUAAUAUAGGUAGUGCCAAAGGAUCUCUGUAAGUGGUGGAGGUGGCAUGACCUGCCUGUUCAUCGAUCCAGUUGCCACCUAUAAGUGCUCCUCUCCUUCUUGCUGGUUCUUUUCCGGUUCCCCUCUCCUUGACCGUGCCUCGAUCAUUGUCCAAUUCAUACAACAGUUCAGUUCUUUCCAAAAGAAACAAAGUUUUGGAACAAUUCAUAGGAAUAACUCAUUGUUGUAUAAUUGUAAACAAGUAAACUCAUAAAAUAAAAAUUUCUUAAGGUGUAAACUAACUUUUUCAACUCAAUUGUCUGCUUGGUUGCCUUGAGAUUUUGUUACAAUCAUACCAAAAAUUGGCUCAAUAUAAAGAAGAGAACUUAGAGAUUUUGCAAUUAUUAUAAUUACAAACAGGGAAAUUUUCAUCGAAAUAUUACCCAACUUCUUGUUUUGUUGCCUACGUUUGCUUCCUCUUUUUGAAGAGAGACAUCAAUCUCUGCAUAGGGAAGGUAUAGAUAUAAGUGGAAAGCUCCCAGAAGAUGCAAUCUUCACGGGACCUUAGCUCUUAGUAGUCUAGCAACACCACAUCAUUAGGUGUACUAGUCCCUCCAUGGUAGAGAUGAGGUGGGUGCUGAGUCACCGUUGUACAUGAUGUUUGUGGUGAUACCAUGGGUGGUGCUGUGGGAGGGUGUCGAUUGGAGUAGGGUGGGGGGCCUUGUGAGGGUGGCAGUUGUGUGACAUUAUAAGGGCAAUGUUAAUGAGGAUGUCGAGGCCAUGGUUGGUGGGGCUAGAAACCCAGAUGAUUGGAGAUGCUUCUGGUGAAGAAGAGGAGGAAGGCAAAGGGGUUUGGUAUGAUCCCUACUUUGCGAUUCUAAGCCUCUAGCGUAAUGUAGGGCUGCAUUAAGAAAAUUGUUGGCUAGCUAGCUAGCUGGUCCACAUGAAAGUAAUCAAUCCUAAUUAUGCAGAGAUGACUCAAAUGAUUUUGAAUACAUUACCAGGAGAGAUGGAUGCAGUAAUAUGACAUUAUCUUGUCAAGUCCUAGUAUGUGUGAAAGUUAUGCAAGUCCUAAUUGUGUUUAAUUUUGUUUGAAGACAUAUUUGGUAACAUUACAAAUAUAAUGUAAAUGGAUGUGGAAAUUUGGAGCAAAUUCAAGGGACUUAGCAUGAGAUUUUCUAAACAAAGUCCCAAGGUCAUCUUCUUCUCUCCUUACUAGGUUUUCUUCAUCCACUUUUCUGUUUCUAUUCUUUUCCUCCAAAACCAAUACUCAGAUUUCAUAUCUUAAUUUUAUUUGUAAGAUUUUUUGCUGACUUCAAAGAUCGACUGUUAUUUUCCCUAAAUGCUAGAGUCCUCUCCAGUCAUCUAUAUGCUAUGAGAUAUCUGAAAUGAGUUUCUAAACCUUUAGCAAUCUCUCCGAGUCUUCUUCCGAAUGCAGGGGAGUCCCACUCAAGUUUUAAAUCUAUUCAUGUUGAGGUACAUGAUCAAUGUGAUUGACAAACAAUAGCUAGAAAACAAUAGUUGGAGUGAAAAUUUACAUGUUUAUGUUACUUUUGCAUUACUCUCUCUCUCUCUCUUCCCCGCCCUUUUUUUUAAUCAAUGCCUUGUUUAAGAUAAGCUGGUAGUUUCUAUUCUUAUCCAAAAAGUGUGGCAUGCCCCUCUCAGUUUCCUUUUAAUAGUUUUCUGCAUUUCUAUUUAAAAGUACUUCGUAGAAAACCACAAUUCCAGUUUUCGUUAGUUCCAUCUAUGUUUAAGAUUCUUCACCACACCUGCCCUUUGUGAAUUUCAAGGCGGUUUCCUAUAUAUUUUAAAGUCUUCCAUGAUGAGGCUUCAAGAAAUGGAUAAAAUGGUUAGCAUCUAAUAUUUGGGAUUUCUGCAUGCAUCAUUUGGAAUUAUUUGUGUAUAAGACCACAAGUUCUUAAUAUUUGCAAGUUAUAAUGUGAGAGAAAGAUUUGUUUUGUUUUUUAAAAUCCUCAAUCAAACUACUACCAAUUAAAUGACAAUUUACCUUUAUCUAUCGGCUGCCCUUAGGUUCUUUUUCUAGGACCUUUUAAUGGCUUCUUUAGCAAGUAACAUAGGCUUCUCAUAAUUUAGUAAUUAACUUCCAAUGAACAUGAAUACCCACAAUAUUUCCUGAAUUAUAAUUCUAGAUUCCUAGAAUGCCCAUAUCGAGAGACACUCAAAAUUUCCCAAAAUUAAAUAAUUAUGACUUAGAACAUUUCUAAUCCAUUCUUUAUCUAAAUUACACAUCUAAUACCAGUCUUAUUCGAAAUUGGACUCUUAUACCAACAUUGGAGAAUUACUUAAAAGAAAAUAUAUGAAAUUACAAAAUAAAAUCUGAUUUACUGACUCAGAGAGAGAGAACAAGAGACAAUGCGCCUUUGCAUUGAGGGCUGAGACUGACUCUGUGAGCUUAUCAUUGCAUGAUAAGGGACUAAAUGGCCUUCCAUGCUCAUCACUGAGUGGUCAGGACCUCUUAUCAUUUAAGAUCAGUUUUCCAUGCUUUGAGAGCUGAGACUGACUCUGCGAGCUUAUCAUUGCAUGAUAAGGGACUAAAUGGCCUUCCAUGCUUAUCAUCGAGUGGUCAGGACCUCUUAUCACUUAAGAUCAUAGUUUAAAUGCAGUCUAUUUUUGGUAGUGCUGCAUUAAAAGGUCUAUUUAGUCAUCAGCUCAAAGGAGAUGAAUGGGCAGAUAAUUCUUUGUUCUUCUUCCUUUUUUUUUUUUUAACAUAAUCAUGGGUAAAUGAUCAUUUUGUACCAUAAUGAACCCCUUCGCAUCACCAUCGACCACCAUGGUCUGUAUUUCAAAGACAUUUUUGCAGGCAGUUAAAAGGCUGUGAAUGAGAUGGGUUUUCUGCACUAUAAAAGGAGAUGAUGGCACUGCUUUGCAAUUUUCUUCUGUCUUCUGAGUGCAUAUUUCUCAUGGUUUCGACAAAAUAUAGGACAAAUGUUUCUUUCCUUACCUUGUAAGCUUUAUUGAUUAUACUGAUGUACUAAUCUUUCUGUAGUUGUAGUAUCAAAAAUCUGGUUUAUUAUUGUCAUAAUUCUCCCUCUGUGGUAGUAUUGCUGAAAUAUGCUUUGUCAUUCACUGUUUUUGUUGAAAAUUUUUGUAGAUCAGGUAACUUUUGUUCUCCUGUAAUUUGUACCUAUGGAUCAGUCUUCUAAGUCUUAUAUUUCUGAAGUUAUAUUGUAAAAGUCAAUCCAGGAGUUUGGACAUCUAUCCCUUUCUGGUAUUUUCUUUUAUGGUAAGUUCAAGGAUUUCAAAUUUAUAUGUUUAGUGGAUGUAAUAUAAAGCAAAUUUAAGAAGGCAGGAAUUUAGCAGUGCCAUUUCUUAAACCAUUCUUGGGCUAAAAUGCAACUACUGUUAGGUGUUUCUUCUUCUUCUUCUUCUUCUUCUUAGAAGUAAAUCGAGAUAUCAUACUCACUCUAGUCAUGCUACCAUUAGCUUGUUCAGGCUCUAAUUAAGAUAGUAUUAAUAAUUAAAUGUAUUUAUCCUGCAAUGCAAGUAAUUCAACAUACUCAGCUUCUGUUUCGUAAUCUUCUGAACCUACAUGAACAAAUAUAAAAUAAACUCUCUUGAUGAACUUUUGAACAAUGGAAAUGGUGAGCUUAGGGACUGACUGGAAGUGUACCAUACAUCCUUAUUGGUGCAACAAAUUAUGACUCAAGACAUCUAGGCCCAUAGAAGUCAAUAUUGAAUUGGCAUUUAAAUUUAAUAUCUUGAAGCAAUGUGUACAACUUAUUUGGGUUAAGGUGUUCCAGUCUUAAAGGAGACUAGAGAGAGGGAGAGCAGGGGAAAAAUUGAUAUGAUAUAGUCCAACUUAAAGUUGGGUUUUCUAGGGAAGUUUAGAAUUGUCAUAAAUAUUUUGAGCUAGUCAAGAUGCUUAAAUCAGUCCUAGCACUGUGACAUGCUAUUGUAUUUCCUUUCUUCUGAUUGUACUGAUAUCUCAUAUUUAUGCUUGUUAUACAUUUUGACUUUAUGUUUCUCAUGGAUGUUGGUGUCCCUUCCAUGGUAAU